AAUUCUUAGGAUUGUUCAUUCUCACUGAUGAUGUAAUUUUGUUAGCAUUCUGUUAUCACUCAUUCAGUGGGACAAAUUAGCAUAGAGUUGAGACAGAGAUAAUGUUACACUUGCUGAUCAUUUCCCCUUUGGAAUAAUCCAGAUGGUUUCACUUGGUCCUUUUGCAGAAACUCCAUUCAGUCCUCGAAAGAGACAUCACCUAAAGCCAUGGCAAACAGCUCAGAGCGGAUGGAUGGCAGCAAUGAAUCAUUUGUUGGUGAUUUGGAAGAUUGUGCUAAAGCAAGGAGCCCAAGUCUCCGAGUAGCUCUGUACAGCUUCAUAAUCGUUGGAAUCUUCUGCACAGUGGUUGGAAACUUUCUAGUGGUGCUGGCUAUUGCUUAUUUCAAACAGCUCCAGUCUCACACAAACUCCUUUGUCAUGUCUCUGGCAGUGGCUGACUUCCUGGUGGGCUUGGUGGUCAUGCCUUACAGCAUGGUACGAACCGUUGAAGGUUGCUGGAACUUUGGCAAAACAUUCUGCCAGCUGCAUUCCAGCCUGGAUGUUAUGCUCUGCACGGCUUCCAUCUUCCACCUGAGUUGCAUUGCAUUUGACCGAUACUACGCCGUCUGUAACCCGCUGGUCUAUUCCUUUAAGAUGUCCCGUAGUCGUGUGGCUCUGCUAAUUGUCAUAUGUUGGGCUGUUCCACUGCUCAUCUCCUUUGGUCCCAUCCUCCUGGGGCUACACAAGCUUGGUGUGGAUGUACCCUUGCCUGAGAAUGUGUGCAUCCUUCUGGUAAACCGUGUCUAUGCCAUCAUAGCUUCACUAGUGGCAUUUUACCUUCCCAUGGCCACAAUGCUAAUUGCUUACUGGAAGAUUUACAAAGCAGCCAAGCGACAAGCCAUGCAGAUAAGUGCUUUGGAAGCUCAGAUGGCCAAUGGUGUGGGCAAGAGCUCAAGCAAGAAACAGAAGCACCGCAACUAUUUGAGGAGGGAGAGGAAGGCAGCAAAAACCCUUGGUAUCAUCAUGGGUGUCUUUCUCCUCUUCUGGUUGCCCUUCUUCACUGUGAAUAUUGUGGAUCCUUUUAUUGAAUACAGAACAACAAGUGUGAUAUGGGAUGUGUUCCUCUGGUUGGGGUAUGUGAACUCCUCCCUGAAUCCAUUCCUCUAUGGCUUCUUCAACAGGUCGUUCCGUAGGGCUUUCCUAAUGAUCAUGGGCUGCAGGAUAUGUCUGCCUGGAUCAGCUCCAAGCAUGGACCUCUCUCACUCUAAGAAGGACACAAAUGAGCGCACAGAAAAACAAUAGGGCAUGUGGUUCCACCUUCAAUUCUGUAUUUACAUUUGUUCAUUUGGCAGAUACUGUUACAUAAAGUGACUUACAAUUACGCUGAGCAGAUGAAAGUUAAUUAGCUUGCUCAAGGACCCAGCAGUGGGAGCUCGGUGGUCCUGGGAUAUGAACUCACAACCUCACCACUGAGCUGCAAUUCUGCAGAUCAAAUUUGAAAAGGAUUUCUUUUGCUCGACCAGUGUAGACCACUUUGAGGACCUGUGAAGCUUGAAGUGGUCUCUUGCUUAUGUUAAGUGUCCAAAAUUAUUUUGCACCCAAAAUCUUUUUGAUUUUUAUGUAUAUCUUGGGGGUUGGGCCAAAAGUUUGUGUUGAGAAUUGUUGAGAUGAUGCAAAUCAAGACUUCAACAUACUGAAAUCCCACUUAUGUUACCGUGUGAAAAAUUCAAGCUGGUUUACUAAAACUUAACCAGCCAGCUAGCUAUGUGCUAAGGACACCAACAGUACAGGACGCAGUGAACUUACUGAUGGAAAACGUCAACAAUACCUCAAUGUUGAUGGACAGAUAUCUUUUCUCUUCAGACUCAGAGGUGCAGAGUAGCUUAGUAGUGUAGCAUUAAUAGCGUAGUAUGCCAUAACUAAUAGUAUAUUGGAACCAGGGAAGUAGGUGGAAUGUUUUGUAAAUGUAUUUUUUAUUUAACAUAGAUUAUUUGUAAUUAUUUAAAAUUAUAUGUUUAUACAAGAAAAAUAUUAUAUAUUUUUCUUUAACCUUCCCCCCUAUUUUUUUCUUAUUGUCUAUUUACUGAGUACAUCCUUUUAAUGAAAACUUUUUAACUGUAUUUUUUUUUUUUUUUUACAGCUAAGGCACAAUAGAACAACACAGAAACCUUUUUACAGUCUUUACAGAUAGAAACUAUGGCAGUUGAAGAACUGUAUGCAAAUGCUGUAGUUGUAAAUGUAAAUGUGAGACCUUUUCCCACUCAGUGUUUGUGUCUGCUGUUGAAAUAAAUGAGUCUA